AUGCUGGCAGUAAGGAGUACGUCAAAUAAGCUUGCAAAUAAGAGCAAGGAAUUUCAAGUAAGACGAUCAAGAGAGCUAAACCUACUAAAGCAGACUGUGGCCCAGGCCGUUGUUUUUGCAGCUCAAAUUCUCUGCUUAUCCUGGCUAGCGGGGCUGUCUAGUAAUGAAUGGGCAAUUUGGUCAAUGACUAUUGUAUCGUGGAAUCUUCUGCAUCUCAUUGAUCCAAUUAUCAUCAUAGCGUUCAAUAGAGAAUUCCGUCGAUUAAUCUACUCCUUACCAAAGGCUUCCACCCAGCCAGCGAAAUCUACUUCACUCUUAUUCCACACGAGGCAGAGAACAUACUAA